AUGACUCUUCCUCCGGGAAGUGAAAGACCGUCUCUUAAGCCAUCCAAGUCUUCUAAGCACGGAGAAACGUACGAAGAACCGGCCUCAAAAGGGCGAUUCCUUGGACUCAAAGGAGACGGGUUCUCUGCCAUCACAAUCCACCCCGGCGUCUUUUUAAAAUAUCACCUCGGCUCAACCCACGACAAAGCAGGCGGAUCGAUCUUGUUGUCAAGCUCGGAGGACGAUCUUGCCUCGGUCCGAGCAGGCGGCUCAAUGCGCUCCGCGUCGGUGCGACAUGACGUCUCACCUCGGUUGAGAAGCUGGACCGGAAGAAAAAGCUCGUCAAUGGGACCAAGGCCACAAAYGCUUCAACCCGUCGCCAACUCGCACCUUUUCGCAACGUCGGUUGCUAACCUCCGCCUCGGCGUUUCAAGUCGCCUCGGUCGAAUCUAA